AUGUCCAGCAAAAUAGUUGUUCAAACCUCCAUCAAGCUUGUAUUACCUGGCAUCAAACAGAUACAUGACGACUUGAUUACCCAGACCGAGAUCUUGUAUCAAAAGAGUAAAAGACAAUUAACUUUACCACAGGCUGAGGAAACCCAAAGACUUCAUAUCUGUGCAUUGCUUGUGGCCCAAAAGCUAAGGAUAAAAUUAUCAUUGGCUAUGCCAACUGACAAAAACAUUGCUUUGGAACCAAAAAGUUUAAAAAGGCUAAAGAUUCAAAUUGAAAAUUCUGUGAGGGCACUUUCUCCUCCUAAAUCAAGACAUAAGACGGGAAAACAGUCAAGACCUAGCUCCCCUAUGAAGAUUCCUAAAUUGAAGUUGGUAUUCAAUGAUUCCCCAACUUCCACAAACAAGAAAAAUGUACCAACGGUCAUAAACACCCCAUCCAUGAUGAAUGAAAACAAGGAAAACUCCUAUGCUAACAAAACCCCACCAUCUAAAAUCAAACCUAUUAAAAAAACAACACCUAAGGUCUCAACUCCAAAUGUAUUCACUCCAAACAAGUCCAAGCGUGCUUUCGACGAUGGCGAGAUUGGGUAUGGUGAUCUCGCUGGUAUGAAGGAACAUCAUUCAUCAAUAAACUCCAGUGAGAAGAGGGGCGGAAUUAACUUGACAAAAAGCUUCCUUUCAAUGGAGCAAAGUACAGAAGAAACAUCUAGCACCCCUAGUAAAAGAAGACGGUUGUCAACUAGUACACUGAUUCUCACCGACUCUCAAGACAUCUUCAAAGAUCAGCUUUCGAAUACUCAAUCGUCUCCUAUUGCUGAAACCAGUGAGGAUAUCCCAUCAUUCCAAUCAACACCAAUAAGACCACAGAGAAAAUUGAAAAAUACCACGAAACUUGGAAGCAAGGAAUCGUUCUCCCUUUUGACUCCACGUCCCCAGCCAGAUUCUUUUGUAAACAAAAGGGCUAAGCAUAGACAUUCUCCAAGAAAAUCAUCACCUUUAAAAUCUCAACUUGACACACAAGACCCUUUGCCUAAAUCCAAUGUUAACAGUGACGAAGUGGCCACAAAUGAUAUCAUUGAAAUUUGCAACAUUUUCAAGUUUCCUUCGACGAUUGCUUAUCAAAUACUAACGUGCUUCAAGUUCUUUUCUCCAAAAAUAAAAGACAAAUGGGGCUUUGUAUGUGGUUUGCUUGUGAUUGUCUAUACAAGAGUUUUCAAUCAACAAAUAAGAAAAAGAAUUGACUUGAAGGGAAAAUUCCACGAAAGAUUGUUGAAAUGGCAAAGGGGUGGGAUGACUUUUAGUGAUUUGAGCCGCUGGACUAAAUUAAGUGAAUCCAUGCUUCUUGACACAGAAGACUGGAUUCACCAAAUUGAAAUCACCUACAAUUACAGAGAUUGUGCUGUCAAUGAAAGUGAUUAUGAGGAUGACUCGCUAGAUGAUAGCAAAAUUAAUGACAACAUCAGAUUUUUGUACACUUGUGGUGGAAUGAUCAACUCUGGGAAGGACUAUUUGAGCAAAUAUCACACGAUGAAAUAUGAUGAUUGGGUAAAAAGAGUUAAAUCUGAUAUUAUCGCUAUGAAAUGA